UAUCAUUAGUCGACAUGACCCGCUCGAGCUACUUGCUGCUGUACGCCUGUGGUUGUUUUCUUAGUUUAUCAACCAAAAACGUUCUGGCUUGUGGGGGAUACGAACUCAUAACGCACAAAUUGCAAAACUGUGGUGGAUCAGCGAGUGACAUCAGGCUGGAAAAUUUCAAUGUCUCACUCAAUUCGGAUUGCUUUGUUGAUGCGACUGGCUGUGUGGAAAACAAAAAGGCAUUUAAAACUACUAAGGUUCAUUACAAAAUAUCUAAAGGGAAAUUGUAUAAUAAGGAAGGGCAUGAUGAUAUAUGCCAACAAUUGCCUAAAGCAAGUAAUGACAUUAAAUUAAUUCUGUCGUUUUUCGGCAUUUCCCAGUCCUGUCCAGUUAAAGCAAGAAAAAUUUGUGGAGGUAAUGAAACCAAGUUAAAUUUGAAAAAAUAUGAAUCAAGCAUGGGUCUACUGGCAGGCGGAGUGCUCAAAGCGUACGCUAUGAUUACAACUGAAGUCGGACUGUCUUGUCUGGAAUUUGAAGGGGAGGUGAUUAAGAAAAAAGUAGGGUAGCAACGUCAACCAAAUGAUUAUCUAUGGAUUAAAAAAUAAAACAAUUAUUGCAAAUUGA